ACUCCUCCUGCCGCUCGGAGCAGCCUUCAGUAUCUUGGUGCUCAGAGGCUUUCACAGUGUCUGCUGUCCUUCUGCUGGCGAUGGAGAGGCUGGUCUCAGGUCUGCUACUCCUGGCUGCACUGUGGAGCUCAACUGGAGCUUCAGACAGUCAAGUGAUUGACUUGUUAGGGCUGCAUGAUGCUAGGCAGGCGGACCAGGCUGUGCUCAAGCUGUCAGCAGCACUGGAUGUGGCAUCAGACAUUUAUCUGGUUUCCACUGUCCGCCUGCCACCCAAGCUGGGAGGAGUCCUGCUGGGCCUCUACAACAAAGACGACAACAGGAAGUACCUGGAGGUGGCGCUAAUGGGCAAGGUCAACAAAGUUCUGGUGAGGUAUGUUCGCCAGGACGGGAAGCUUCACACCGUCAACCUCCAGAACCCAGCUCUCUCUGAUGGACGCAGUCAGUCCCUGAUCCUCCGGGUGGGUGGGCUCAGACGCAGCCACCUCCUACUGGAGCUCUAUGUCAACUGUCGAUUAUCUGACUCGGCACAAGGCCUGCCCUCAUUGGUUGCGCUCCCGGCAGAGGCGGUGGAUAUCCGGAAUGGGCAGAAGGCUUAUGCCAGACUACAGGGUUCACUGGACACUCUAAAACUGGCUCUUGGAGACUCCUUGGCCAAAGCAGGACUUCUGGCUGACUGUCCUUUCCAAGGUGAUGCUGCCUCACAGAACUCAGUCAGCACUGAUGCAAAUGGAAUUCUGGGUGACCAUACAAAGGCUUUAAUUAGCCAGCUGAUUAUCUUCAACCAGAUCUUGGGGGAGCUCCGAGAAGACAUCAGGGAACAGGUGAAGGAGAUGUCACUGAUCAGGAACACAAUCCUGGAGUGUCAAGCCUGUGGGUUCCAUGAGCCCCAGUCUCGCUGCGAGCCCAACCCCUGCUACAAGGGUGUGUCCUGCACAGAGACCAGGGAAUACCCAGGCUACCACUGUGGGCUCUGCCCCGAUGGCAUGAUGGGUAAUGGCACCUACUGCCAGGAUGUUGAUGAGUGCAUCCUGGCCCAGCCAUGCUUCAGACCGGAGACUUGUGUGAAUACUGCCAAGGGCUUCAGCUGUGAACCUUGUCCUGUUGGCUACUCUGGGCCUGAACUCAGUGGGGUUGGAGUUGACUUUGCCAAGAGCCACCAUCAGGAGUGUCACGAUGUAGAUGAGUGUAUGGAGCUUCCCAAUGCCUGUGUUCCCAACUCAGUCUGCAUAAACACAGAGGGCUCCUUCAGGUGUGGAGAGUGUAAGGAGGGUUUUGAGGGGAACCAGACCACUGGCUGUUUCCUGCGUCGUUCCUGUGCCUCACUGGGCUACAACCCCUGUGAUGUCAACGCUCACUGCGUGAUGCAGCGCAGCGGCGAGGUCUCCUGUCAGUGUAAUGUUGGCUGGGCAGGUAACGGGAAUACCUGCGGUCCGGACUCGGACAUAGAUGGCUACCCUGAUUCAGCUCUGCCCUGCAUAGACAAUGACAUCCACUGCCGACCUGACAACUGUGUGAACACGCCUAAUUCGGGUCAGGAGGAUGCUGAUGGGGAUGGUAUAGGUGAUCGGUGUGAUGAGGAUGCUGAUGGAGAUGGCAUCAAAAAUCUGGAGGAUAACUGUUACCUUGUCCCCAACAAAGACCAGCAGAACUCUGACACUGACUCAUAUGGUGACGCCUGUGAUAACUGUCCCAAUGUCCCCAACGGCAGCCAGAGAGACACUGAUGGCAAUGGCAUCGGAGACACCUGUGACAGUGACAUUGAUGGAGAUGGUAUUCCUAAUGUGCUGGACAACUGUCCCAAGAUCCCAAACCCCAUGCAGACAGACCGGGAUGAAGAUGGAGUUGGAGAUGCCUGUGACAGUUGCCCUGAUGUCAAUGACCCCAUGCAGUCAGAUGUAGAUAACGACCUGGUGGGCGAUGUGUGUGACACCAACGAGGAUAUGGAUGGUGACGGCCACCAGGACAGCAGAGACAAUUGUCCCUACAUUCCUAACAGCUCUCAACUGGACUCUGACAAUGAUGGGGUUGGAGACGACUGCGAUGAUGACGAUGACAAUGAUGGUGUCCCUGACAUAGGACCUCCUGGACCGGACAACUGCCGACUUGUUGCAAACCCCAGCCAGUUAGACAAUGAUGGAAAUGGUGUUGGUGAUUUGUGUGAGACAGAUUUUGAUGGUGACUCAGUGGUAGACUCACUAGACGCCUGUCCAGAGAGUUCAGAGGUCACCAUGACUGACUUCCGCUCUUUCCAAACGGUCAUCUUGGAUCCAGAGGGAGAUGCUCAAAUUGACCCCAACUGGAUAGUCCUCAAUAAGGGCAUGGAGAUUGUCCAAACCAUGAACAGUGACCCAGGUUUAGCUAUAGGGUACACAGCCUUUAAUGGAGUGGACUUUGAGGGGACGUUCCACAUUAACACAGCUACUGAUGAUGACUAUGUGGGCUUCAUAUUUGGCUACCAGGACUCAUCCAGUUUCUAUGUGGUGAUGUGGAAGCAGACUGAGCAGACAUACUGGCAGUCUCUUCCUUUCAGGGCCAUGGCCCAGCCAGGCCUGCAGCUCAAGGCUGUGAAAUCCCGUACAGGUCCAGGUGAGUUUCUGCGUAAUGCCCUGUGGCACACGGGUGACACCGCGGGUGAGGUCACCCUGCUGUGGAAGGACCCUCGCAAUGUGGGCUGGAGGGACCGGACGUCCUACCGCUGGCACCUCAGUCAUCGCCCACAUGUGGGAUACAUCAGGGUGAGAUUAUAUGAAGGCACAACACUGGUGGCAGAUUCAGGUGUGGUGAUCGACUCUUCCAUGAAGGGAGGCAGAUUGGGCGUGUUCUGUUUCUCCCAAGAGCAAAUCAUCUGGUCCAACUUGGGCUACCGGUGCAAUGAUACUGUACCAGAAGACUAUGAGUUUUACCGCAAGACAAUCCACAUUAGAGUGUGAUCCUACAUCCUCUUAAAUACUCACCUAUGGCUUUACUGGAUUGUGUGUGUGUGUGUGUGUGUGCGUGCGUGUGUGCGUGUGUGCAUGUGUGCGUGUGUGCGCGCCUGCCUGCAAUGUGUAUAUUAGACAGUAAGCGGGAACGUCUGACAUUGAAGUCAUUCCUUAGUUCCAUAAUAAAUUUUACAAAUGGUUAUAAGAAAGCUAACUCAAAAGUCACACCCUUUUGCCUUUUAUAUUGUUGAGUACUGUGUGUGCAUGGUUAACACGUUUAUUUGUGUGUUUAAUAUGUCCAAUUGUCAGACAGCAGUUAGGCAGUGAAGUAUUGUAUAUGUGUUUGACAGUUACUGAACUGAAGUGACAGUUUGGGAUCUUUUUUCAGGCAUCAGACUUGUACCUUUCAUUUCACUUUA